AUGGUCACGCCUAUAGUUCCACCCGCUAAUACAGGGGAUAAAGGAGUAGAGAUAUGGGAAGGGGAUAGGGAAGGGAUUGAUGGGGAUGAGGGUAGUGGUGAUAGGACUGAUGAGGGUAGUGGUGAUAGGACUAGUGAGGGUGUUGAGAGUGGUGAACACAGUAAGGAUGUUGAGGAAGAAAUCCUUGAUGAUGAGGAUGUUGAGGGAGAAAUCCAGGAGGAGUCGAAGGCUGAUGAAAGAGAAGAUGAGAUCGUUCAGGGAGACAAUGACGAAGAAGAUGGGACUGAGAAGGUCGAUAUGGAUGUAGACAGACUCGAACUGUCCGAUACGCCUGAACUUAUUGAGGCGACCAAAUUCAUCGUAGUACCGGACGAGGGGCUAGAGUUGGGAGGACACACCGACCACUGCAAGGACAAAUCGACGGAAUAA